AUGCCAAACAAAGCCACAUCCUCAAGCAAAACCGACAAGCCACAAGAUGCAAAAUGGGGUAUCAAAGGAGUGGUCAAAACUCUGCAACAGCUCUAUAAUUCGGCAGAGAGCGCCAAGAACAAGAUCUUGCGUGAUUUGGACGAGACUGUCAGGAGAGGCUUGCAAGAGGAGAAGAAGAAUAAGAAGAAGGAAAAGGAAAAUGAGCAGUCUUCAAAGAAGACGUAG